AUGUCGCAGCUUUAUGCACAGUUCCCCUCUGCAACGUUUCCCAUCAAAACCGCGGAGAAGCAAUUCGAUUUCUUCGAGCCCGCUCUAGUUAGGGACAUUCUGAGUGGGAGGUGGCGUCAUUGGAACGAGAUCUCAAGAACGGAUGCACUAGCUAGAAUUUGCAUGAUGGAAGCGAGAGGCAUCUCAAUUGAUACCUCCUUAUUCGACCGUGCAUUUGCAAUAGCUACCGGCAACUCCAUCUUCGUUGCAGAAUCGCUCCUUUCGGACCCGUCACGACACUUACCCGGGUAUGCAGUUCGGAGGAUUGUCGGCAAUCUUGGCCGACCUGGGAUUUCUAUCCUGGUCAGCCCAGAAACUGUGAUGGUCAAGGAGCAGACAAGGGACUUUCGAGCAGGAGAACAUGCCCCGUACGAUAACAGACGAGAAGAUAACUUCCGUGGAACUUCGCUGCACCUUUCGCCGGCGGAAUGGAAGGUGCCCAUUGUUCUGGCCAGCGAGAUUGUCGGCAAUAUCGAUCAGGAUAUUUUCCGGCUCGAAGCGAUUGUAUCGGUACACGACAGAGGUCGCUGGUAUGGAGACAUCGACAGAGUCUCAGCUCUUGAAGCCCGAGGCCACCUUUCAUAUACAAACGAUGGGUGCUCGUGCAGGGGUAGACAGUGGCGGUUCCAGGCGGAGUCCACCGGUAUCGACAACUUUGAGGAGCUGUUAGACCCCCCAGAUACUGUGGGCAUAUUCCGAGCACACAAAAACUGGCCAGCUAGGUUGGCUGCGACCUGUAUAGCAACGCAGACAGUGGAGAUUGCGUCAGCGACUGAACAGUGUCGCCACGAAAUAACAGCUUACGCAGAUGACGAUUCGGAGUUUGGUCCUGAAGAAGGAGAUGGUGAGGCUUGGGAAGGACAAUCUGACCCUAAAGAGGACGAUGAUGUCUUUAUCAUCAUUGACUGA